GUUUAGUCUUACCUUUGACAUGAACAGGACACAUAGAUGUCCGCCCCCGGCAACGACAUAAACGACUCACCUGUUGGACUCGACCGCCGUCUUAGAGGUCUCGAGCAGCAGGUUGCGAACCUUCGUAACGCAAAGCGCGAAUCAGAGCGCAAGUGUUUUGAAGCUACACAGCGGGGACAGCGGCUUGCGUCGGAACUUGGUUUUGGGAACAUUGAAGAGGCAGAAGAAAAUAUAUCAAUAUACCCUCAGCUCUACAACCGCGCCACUAUCGAAUAUAACUCGACACGAGUGGCUCUGCUGGAACAGCAGCUCAAUAGACUGCAGGAGCUUCGGAAAGGCGACUUUAACAAGAACCAGGAGUUAUCUCGCGCCGUCGCUUCACUUCGUCAAGAGAACGAAGAGCUUAGAACACAGCCAGUAAAUCCCGCAGAUCGACGCGUAAAUCAUGCGGAUCUGCGCGAGUUUUUUCAGGCAGUCAGCCAUGCCUCCGUGCCGACGAGUGUUGAGAGCUCUUCAAUUGCCGAACGGCUUGUGGAUACCCAGGAAGAGCUCUCCGAACUUCAGAAACGCUACGACAGUCUGUUGGAGGUGAAAGAGCGUGCCACCAAAGAACUCAUGAAUUCCAUCAAGAAAUACGAUAGGUUGAGGAAAUGGGCUCAUAAACAAAAAGCUCACAAGAAGUUGAAGGACCGCAUGAGAAAGUCCGCCGACCCGCCUUUUAGUACACCACAGUCCCGCUUCCCUUCACCUUCCGAUCUUAAUAAUGCGCCGGCGCCGUUUGAUUCACCGACUAAUCCGCGUCUGGCUCCAGUU